CUCUGAGCUUGGACUUAAUGAAGUUGCGGCUGAUGUAAUAAAAUUAGAAAGUGAACAACAGGCAGGGUUAGCACAGCUAAGGGGCGUUGUUAAGUGGGAUUGAGGCGGGCACUGUGCCAGAUGAAGUUUAGUGCGGUCAGUAAAAGUGCUCGGUCCACACAAUAGGAAGCGUUAUCCUGGGGCUGUUCACACAAUGAGGUGACUCUUACAAAAGGCUGUAUAGUUCUGAGAGACAUGCCUUUCUUGGAAUUUAUAGCUGGGUGUAUUUCAGGCUCAGUGGGACUGGCAUUUGGACAUCCAUUAGACACCGUGAAGGUGCGCCUGCAGGCCCAGUCUGUGUAUAAAGGGAUAUUUCACUGUGUGGCUAAAACAUAUGCUCACGAAGGACUCCAUGGAUUCUUCAAGGGCAUGGCAUUUCCAGUGAUGACCACAGGAAUCAUCAACUCUGUUGUCUUCGGCUCUUACAGUAAUGCCUUAGAUUUCCUCACUCAGUCUCAGCGCAAUGACCGCAGCCAAGGCAAAGCUGCCUCUUCUGCACACGUUUUCACUGCCGGCUGCUUCUCAGGACUGAUGCAGGUGCUUGUUUGUGCACCCAUUGACCUGGUGAAGGUGCGUCUGCAGGGUCAAACCACUGCUGAACGGUACCGUGGACCCACUCAUUGUGUUGCCGUCAUCCUGAAGGGGGAGGGACCCAGGGGUCUGUUCAGAGGUGGACUGGCUCUCGCCCUCAGGGAUGUACCCUGCUAUGGACUUUACUUCUUGCCUUAUGAGGCCAUUCUAAAGGCUCUGACUGAGACCGGCAAACAACCAGGUACAUUUGCUAUAUUGAUAGCAGGUGGAUCAGCAGGCGUAGUGACUUGGGCCUUUGCCACACCCAUGGAUGUAAUAAAAGCCCGGCUCCAGAUGUCAGGAGCCGGCGGCCGAGAGUACAACGGGGUCCUCCACUGCAUGAGAGUGAGCAUCAGAGAGGAGGGACUGAGGGUCUUUUUCAAAGGCCUCCUACUGAACAGCCUGAGGGCUUUCCCUGUCAACGCCAUCACCUUCCUCACUUACGAGAGUCUGAUGGGAUUUUUCUGUCCACCACCUCACUCCUGACAGUGAGCGGAGUCACUUCGCGUGGUGUGGAGAUUUUACUGUGCAUACACAAAUUGACUGCAGGUUGGAUAUUCCCAAGAGUUCUUAACAUUACCAAAUAAAACAGUUUUAAGUUUUAUCUUUUUUUAAGAUGAUCAGUCCAAAGUACUUACUUUUUACUUUAGAACUUUGCCAUAUGUUUUUCACAUUUCACAACAAUGUUUUUUUUUUUGUUUUUUUGUAAACUGCGCACAAAAAGUCAAAGUGACUUCCUAAUAAAUAAACAAUGCAACAACUAUAGUUAAUUUCAUUAUAGGUGACAGGUCUAUCGGGUCAUUCUAGAAACAAGUUUCAUCAAAGUCGUGUGUAUAUGUGAAUAGGUGGAGCGUUACUCUGUAUGACCUUUGGCAUAAAUAAUAAGGGUAAAGAUCAGCCUGCACGUGUUACCUUAGCUGUUACCUUAGCCGUCUACUCUGUUCUCACUCUGGCACCUUUUGUUGUUUUGGUCUGCUGUUCACAGCCAGCGGAUCAAAAGUGGUUGUUUUGAUUUGUUUGUUUUUGGGUAGUGUCUGUCCUGCUCUUAAAGGUCGGGGUGUGAUUGGGUGGACUGGAGAUAAAGCUGCUAUUAUCAACAUUUUUUACAUCAACAAUAGGUCAAAACAAAAAACAAAAAAAAUCACCUGACUGCAUUUACCUUCAGCUAUGGAGUUUUUUGGCACCUUGCACGUGACCAUUCUAGUUUUACAACCCACAGCUCUAUCACAGCGGCCAUCAGCAUUGUUUCCAGAAAUGCUGUUUGUUUGCGAUAUGAACUUUUUAAACUGGAUAUGCAUGUCUGUUUAGAGCUUGUUGAGCUGCCUGUGUGUGUGUGGUCCAAAAAUCAUUUUAGGUUUAAGAUUAUGUAUUCAAAAUUGACGUUGUAGUUUGCAGUAGUGUUGAACUAGACUGCAUUAAAUUGAGAGGUAUUUUGGCCACUCCAUUUACAUACAUGAGAGGGUGAUAACAGAAACACCUUUCAAAAUGCAGUCCAGUACAUCACCAUGCACUGUGUGCAAUGAUGACCAGAAAUUAGAAUAAUUACUAUUAUUAAAGUAGAAUUUAUAUCACAGCUGUUGCUGUUACAGGUUCACAUAAUGAAGUGGCCGCUGAAAGUAUAUUAUGCAAUAUGAGCCUGCUGUCAAUACAGCCUGAACACUCAAAAUAAAAAAUACACUCACACAAUGUGUGAAGAGAAAAUACUUUUAUUUGCUGCACAAUGUCCAUCAAACAUAAUCACAUCCUCACUAAAGAGUCACAUGAGUGAAUAUUUUACAUCUUUGAUUUGCACAUUCCCAAACAUACAGUUCAUAACAGUUCUGUCCCACUUGUAAUGGUCCAGAUAAAGAAAAAAAAAGCUGUUGAUGUGCAUGUUUGAACUUAACUCUAGAUGCACCAUUACAGGCUUAAUAUGGAAAAUUAAAGACAGAUAUGUAGGAUAUCAAUAUUAAGCCCACACAUGGUUUUGAUAAGCACUUCAACGUGAACAAAUCCUCAAACAAUGACAGGAAAUAAUCACGUAAAAUGAACGUUUAGAAUGUAAAUUAAAAUAUAUGUAUGUUCAAGUCAGACAACCCUUUAUGAUCAAACUCAAAACAGACCAGAAAGGAAAAAAAAAAGUUUCUUGAGGCACAAAAACCUGCAGCAGAAGUAGAGUAUUAUGAAAAUGAUUAUAUAAAAAAAAGACAAACCUCAAACCCAACAGUGAGACACAGAUUAGUCCUAUCAGACACCUGAUGGACUUUGUCAGUCACUGCCUACAGAAAUGUUGGGACAGAUGUGAUUAAAGUCAGAGUGAGUUUAGAUUGGCACCAUGCAGCUGAUAACAUGGCACUAAUUUGUUACUAUGACAGAAAGGCAUCUGUGGAAGAAAACUUAACAUUCAGCGCAGGAGCUCAAAUGAGAAUGUGAAUUUAUCGCAGCUCAAAUUAAUCAUGAAAUAUUGAUGUGUAUUUAAAAGUAGCAACAGCCACAGGAUGGCUCACAGAGAUGUCAGUGACAUAGGUUUUACAUUGAAUCCCAUUAGUAUAAAUUAACAGGGCUUUUUUUAAAAAUGGAAAUAAUAACCUCUGGUUUAUUACAAGCCGGGUUUUAUUUUCGUUGUUUGGCCCUUUGGUUCAGUUGUUUGUGAUAACACUGCAAUCACCUGAGAUCCUGGAACAUUACUGAAAAAAAAAAAAAAAGAUCCAACA